GUGUUUGCUGCAAAUACAGAAUGGUAAAGGAGAGAUUUUGCAGCAGGCUAAGGAUGACAGAGCUGUGAGGGGCCUAAAGCACAAGUCUUACAGAGAGCAGCUGUGGGAACUGGUACUGUUCAGUCUGGAGAAAAGGCAGCUGAGGGGAGACUAUCACUCUCUACAACUGCCUGAAAGGAGGUUGUGAUGAGGUGGGGUUCAGCCUCUUCUCCCACAUGACAGUGAUGGGACGAGAGGGAAUGGCUUCAAGUUGUGCCAGUGGAGGUUCAGGUUGAAUAUAAGGAAGCAUUUCUUCUCAGAAAGAGUGGUGAUGCAGUGGCACAGGCUGCCCAGGGAGGGCAGUCCCUAGAGGUAUUCAGGAACCGUGUGGAUGUGGCACUAAGGGACGUAGUUUAAUGGGCAUGGGCUGACAGCUGAACCUGCUGGUCCUAGAGAUCCUUUCCAACUUGAAGCAGAAUGGUGUGGGAACUUAUAAUUGCCCAUAGAUACUUAAUUCUGAAAGGCCUAAAGAAGGGAUGCUAGAUCACACCUAUUUGUUGAGCACAUUAAAUUGUUAUCAAGGUAAAUAUUGCCUUGUUUCCCCAUACCAAGUUGGAUGCCCAAAUCUUCACUCACCAAUUAAUUGAGGACGUUAUUGAUAAUUAAUCAGGCAGUGUAGAUUUAUGUACUUGAGGAUUACUAUGCCAUGAGUGCAUGCUGUCUGGCAGCCAAGGUUGGGCAUGUUCAUUUAUGGGAAGGAAGAAUGUGUCUUCCAUGAUGCAGAAGUGCUGUAGCGGAGAAAUGAAAAAAUACAGUGAGAAUCUGGCUGUAUGCUGAAACAUCGGAAAGCUCAGAUACCUUCUUUAGGCAAAAUCUCUGUAUCCUCUAAGGGUGCGAUAAGUUGUCCUGCAGAAAAUCAAUUUGAAGCUCUGUUGUUUGCUUGCAGUUAGGUCGGCACAGCACAAGUGCAUCAUGUAACAGGAAAGCACCACUGUUAGCCUGGAUGCCUGUCCUGGCUAGGAGUGGGAGUGACAACAUAGGGAAAGGAUGCUGUACAAAGCUGUUACAGGCCCUCAUGGAAGACUUGAACUUUGCAAAUAGUUAAUAAUGAAACUGAAGAGAUACUUGAAAUGGUCCUUCAGAUACACCUGCAAGUGAACCUAUGUCUUGGGUCAUGCUGCUGGAAGGAGGGUACUGUUGUCUGCCUGCUCAGUCUUGUGCCAACUUCCUGAUUGUCAGUAGCCUUAUUUUACCACAGUAGCAACUUGGGCCAGAACUUCCCCACAUCAAAACUGUAUGCUUAAUAGACAUCCUCCAGUACCAAUACUGUUUAGUAAGCCUCUGCACAUCUGUGGAAUUCACAAAUAUGCUGACACAGAAAGUUGUGACCAAAUGUUUUCUGAUGCAGAUGUUCCUCCCAAAUAUUACAGGGGAAAAUCACAUCAGAACUGAGGGAGUGGUUGAAAGGCCAUGAAAUCAACUUGGCUGGUUUCUGUUUAAAAGUUCCAGAUGGAAAGAUUAGCUUACCAGUUCUGUGGCAUGAAAAUUGCCAUGCAAGUUGAGAUGUGUCCUUAAUUCCUGCUCAGGUGCUGCAUGCAGUACUUUGUGGUGGGUAUUCCUGUGUCGGUGUGUCUGCAAAAUGCAAAUGGUGAGCACACCCAACUUCUGAGCUCUCUUAUUUGGAGAGAGCAGGUCACCUCAUAGGGUGGACUGAGCUUCUGUCAUGACACCUUGUAUCCUCCUCUUAGUCAUGCACACAUGCAGCUUUCCUUUUUAGUGGCCUCUGGUGUCAGUGAAAGUGACAGAGAGCAGGCAGCCCUGAGAGAGGAGGAUUGUUGUCAGUGUCACGAGGACAAUGUAGGAGCAAUUUGUCUGCAGGAAAGCACGCCCAGUCAUGCAGCAAGGACAGGCUGAGAUAUAAAUGUUUCUUUGUUCAUUCUGUUUUAAAAUUCUGAUUGAGUGAAGCUGGGCCUGACUGUGUGAUGAUGAAAAGGAAAGUACCUCUGCUCUACAUCACCUUGUAAAAUUCUUUCUCUAUGAGAGGGAAUAUGAGGGUAGAUAAGGAAAGCUUUUACACCAGAGAGAAGCUGUCUUUUCCUUGAACAUCUGUUACUGACAUGGAUUUAAGAGACACUGUCUGUAACUGUUCCGUGAAGUGACUACUGUCUUGCUGGAGCUUGGUUCUCAUAUCUCUAAAUACUGCUGUUCUGGACACUGCUAGCUGAAAACAGUGUAAGAAAUCCUUGCAUCAUUUUUAAAAAGUCCUUAAGUAGGCAUCAUCUACUUCAUGCAGUUUCUGCCUGAAGUCCUGGGCUAUGUGGCACUUCUGACCACAUCUGGGCUAAGCUUAGGUGAUUGCUCCCCAGAUGUCUCAUGCCACCUCUUUUGAGUAAGAGGUGACAUUAUUAUGUGGAUGCACUCCAUGUUUGUUUUGUUAAAUUGACACUGUGUUUUUGAGUGUGUGGGUGUUUAACCUAAAGCUUUGCUGUUCACUAGUACCCAGGAAGUGCUAACUGCUGAGGCAAAAGCCUCCUUUCUCUUUGCCUCCUUACUGCUGAGUUCAAAGGGUGGAAACUGCUUUGCAAGAGGAACUUCCUGCCUCAGUGGUGGGGACAGAGAAAUGCACAGCAGAAUGAGUCUGGGAGUGCUUCCUGCCCUGCUCUGUGCUUGUCAGCUUGAGUAAGGUGAAGAGGAAGGAGGAGGAAGCAGAAGGCAGAGCUGGCUCACACGUGGCUGGCUGGCUCCUGACUUGCUCUCCUGAAGGACUUGUACCACCACUUGGUGCACUUGGAGAGGAAGGAGAGCCACACAAGUGCGCUGCAGGGCUUUGUGCACACGCUCCUCACCCACACCUGUCUGUUCCAGCAGGGCCCUUAUAGAUAUGUAUUUACACGCAGCUGCUGCUGUCCAGCGCCUGCUGCUGUCCAGCGCCUGCUCCUGCCUAUCUUCCCAUGGUCUUUAAGAGGCUGAAACUGACAUCCAAGCUGUCUGUCCUUCCUUCCUGGGCUACUGCAUUAGCAUGGAUGGCAUCAGCUGAGGCCAGAGGCUAUUCGCUUCUGGUCUUGGUUUCAGUUAGCUCGAAGAAGAGAAAUCUGGUGUGUGGCUUUGGAAGAGGAGUACUGUGUGUCACAGGAGGACAUCCAACAUCACUUUCAUGGCAGCCACACUGCCUUGUCCUGGUGCAUGGGAGAGCAUGCUGAGACUGGGCGGCUGCUGCUGAAAGUGACUGCCUGAUGAUUGCUGAGCUGUGUCUGUUGUAAAGAACAAGCUAUGGCUGACAUUUGCUCCAGUGGCUGACCAGACUGCUGCCUACUUCCACAUUUCCCUGGAGAUGGUCAACUGGCUCUCAAUAGUGUACCUGCUCAUCUCAAUCCCCUUUGGUCUGGUGGCAACAUGGGUUCUUGACAGUGUGGGGCUCAGAUGUGCUGUGAUCCUGAGUGCAUGGCUGAAUAUGAUGGGUAGCAUCAUCCGGAUGUUCAGCGUCCUGAAGUUCAUGAGCUUGGGCUCCCAGAAUUACUGGUACCUGUUUGUUGGGCAGUGCCUCUGUGCAUUGGCUCAGCCUCUUGUCAUCUUUUCACCAACUAAGCUGGCAGCUUUAUGGUUCCCAGAUCACCAGAGAGCAACUGCAAAUAUGAUCUCAUCCAUGUCCAAUCCCUUGGGUAUUCUUAUAGCAAACGUUCUGUCACCUGCACUAGUUCCUGAAGGAAGGCACAUCCCAUUGAUGCUAGGUGUUUAUGCCAUUCCUGCCCUAACGGCCUGUGUUCUAGCCACUGUGGGGAUUCGUGAGAAGGUUCCUCCAACACCUCCUUCAGCCAGUGCCACUAACUCCACCUCUCAGCCUUUCUUCAUUGGGCUCAAAAUGCUCCUGAGAAACAAGCCGUACAUCAUCCUGGCAGUGUGCUUUGGAGGAGGAAUUGGGAUGUUCACCUGCUUUUCAGCUCUGCUAGAACAAAUCCUUUGUGAAAAGGGUUAUUCAAACGUAUUUGCUGGCCUGGAUGGUGCUCUGUUCACAGUGUGCGGUUUGUUGGGUGCCUUCCUGCUAGGACUGUAUGUUGACCGGACAAGGAAUUUCAUAGAGUCCACUAAAGUCUGUUUCUGUCUGAGUGCCCUUGCCAGCAUCAUUUUUGCAGUGGCUUCUCGGUUCAGACAUCAGGCCAUUGCUCUGGCCAUCUCCUGCUCAAUCUUUGGUUUCUUUGGUUUUGCCAUGUACCCUGUUGCCAUGGAGCUGGCAGUGGAGUGUUCUUAUCCUGUGGGAGAAGGCACAUCUACAGGACUGAUUUUUGUUGCAAGCCAGAUUGAAGGUGUGGUUUUUAUGAUUCUGCUGCAAGCCCUCACUGUCCGUGUUUCUAAGGACCCAUCUUCUACCUGCGCUCUUGACCAGGAUGGAGCCCUAGACUGGACAACUCCAGUCCUGUUGAUGGCAGGCCUCUGCAGUGCCAUGGCAUGUUUCUACGUCAUCUUCUUUCACACUGACUACAAGCGGCUCCAUGCUGAGACAAACAGUAGUGACACGGUCAAGGCAGAAGAUACAGGAUCAGAUGAUGUUCCUGAAGCCUAAUCCAGCUGAGGAGGGCAUACCAAGGGACCAGUCAGGGAAGGACUCAGGCCUGUGAGCAGGGUUCAGGACUGCACGUGCUCAGCUGGCAGGCGGGGAUAUGGGUCCUGCUGCAAAACAAGCACUUUGGAUU